AUGCUCGAGAUAUGGGGACGACGAACAUCCUCCAAUGUUCAAGCGCUCAUGUGGUGUAUUGGCGAGCUGGGACUGCCAUAUAAGCGCCACGACGUCGGACACAUUUACGGCGGCAACGACACUCCCGAAUUUCUCGUGAUGAAUCCCAACGGAACCGUCCCUGUUCUUCGAGACGGCGACUACGAGCCGCUAUGGGAAACGGGGGCCAUACUUCGGUAUCUGGCUGAUCGAUAUGGAACCCCUGCGUUCUGGCCCAAGGACAGUGUGGCUCGUGCCAGGGUUGACAAAUGGGCAGAAUGGUCGAAAUUGAACAUCGCCAUGGCCUUUACGCAGCCGAUCUUCUGGAAAGUCGUACGCACCGCGCCGUCCAAACAGGACCCAGCCGCAAUCCAGGCGGCGAUCGCCCACCUGGAUCACUUUCUCGAUAUCGCUGAAGUGCAGCUGUCGCGGGGGUCGUAUAUCUCCGGAGAUACGUUCACGCUCGCAGACAUUCAAUUCGGUCACGUCCUGUUCCGAUACUUCGAUAUCCCAAUAACCCGUCAGGAUCGUCCUUGUUUACGUCGCUAUUAUGAUGCACUCACGGCUAGACCCGCCUUUCGCGAGCAUGUAAUGGUGGACUACGAGGAGCUCCGUGUGGUGGACUGA